AUGAAGCGCCGCCACCUCCCGCCGGUCCUCCUACUCCUGCUCCUCUCCCUCAUCUCCCUCUCCUUCCGCCGCCGCAUUCUCCACCCCCAACAACCGCUCCGCUCCCCGGCGGGGGAUCCAUUGCUCCGUCGCCUCGCCGCCGCGGAAGGCUCGGAAGUCGACCAGGUCCUCGCCGACGCCGCCGCGCUCCUCGCCAAUGGCUCCAUAUCCACCUUCCCCAGCUUCGGCAACCGCCAGCGCCUCCUCUACCUCCGCCUCCCCUACGUCCGCCCCUCCGGCGGCCCGCCGCGCCCGAGGACCGUCUCCCGCCUCCGCGUCCCCGUCUCAACCCUCCCGUCCGACGGAUCCCUCCUAGCGUCCUUCCGCGCCUCCCUCCGCUCAUUCCUCGCCGACCACCGCCGCCACCGCCACCGCCACCGCCACCGCCACGGUGGCAACAACGUUGCCAGCGUCAUGCGCGACCUCCCCGGCCUCCUGGGCCGCCGCUUCCCGACCUGCGCCGUCGUCGGCAACAGCGGCGCGCUCCUGGGCUCCGGCCGCGGGCCGCAGAUCGACGCGCACGACCUGGUCAUCCGCCUCAACAACGCGCGCGUCGCCGGCUUCACCGCCGACGUCGGCGCCAGGACCUCCCUCUCCUUCGUCAACUCCAACAUCCUCCACCUCUGCGCGGCCCGCGCCGCCGCCACGGCCGCCGGCUGCGGCUGCCACCCGUACGGCCCCAACGUGCCCAUGGCCAUGUACGUCUGCCAGCCCGCGCACCUCCUCGACGCCGUCGUCUGCAACGCCACCGCCACCGCGGCCUCCCCGUUCCGCCUCCUCCUCACCGACGCGCGCCUCGACGCCCUCUCCGCGCGCAUCGCCAAGUACUACUCGCUCCGCCGCUUCGUGGCGCACACCGGCGGGCCCGCCAGCAACUGGUCCAGCAAGCACGACGAGAGGUACUUCCACUACUCGUCAGGGAUGCAGGCCGUGGUGAUGGCGCUCGGGGUGUGCGAGCAGGUCAGCCUGUUCGGGUUCGGGAAGCCGGCCGGGGCCAAGCACCAUUACCACACCAACCAGAAGAAGGAGCUCGACCUGCACGACUACGCCGCGGAGUACGACUUCUACCACGACCUCCAGGCGCGGCCGGAGACGGUGCCGUUCCUCGACGAGGCACAAGGCUUCACCGUGCCGCCGGUCAGGUUGAACUGGUGAGGUGCCUUAACUUAACUACUGCGUACACUAAUGUGUUGUUGUAAAAUUGUUGUUACACUUGACUGGUUGAUACAAAUGGGGUCAUUAGUCGAGACAGAAUUGUAAAUUUUUGGGAAUGAAUGUCUCACCGGAAAUUGUAAGCAGAAAUGUAGCCCAGCAUUGUGAUCAGAUCAGAUGGUUCAAAUGA